GUGACGUAAAGGAGCGGAAGUGGGGGGCCUUGGGAGCCGGUCAUAGAGUUUUGUGGCCAGAGUGGCCACGGAGGGAGGCAUUGGUAACGGUUUCUAGCAGCUGGCGGAGGUGAGGGAGGGGCCAUUCCUCCAAGUGCACGCGAAAGGCGAAGCUGACAGCUCCAAGCCUCCUGAGCCCAGUGGCCCCCAGCCCAGUCUAGCCAUGAGCUCUGAGGUGAAGGUGACAGGGCAGAACCAGGAGCAGUUCCUGCUUCUGGCCAAGUCAGCCAAAGGUGCUGCUUUGGCUACCCUCAUCCACCAGGUGCUGGAGGCCCCAGGUGUUUAUGUUUUCGGGGAGCUGUUGGACAUGCCCAAUGUCCGAGAGCUGGCAGAGAGUGACUUCGCUCCCACAUUCCGACUGCUCACAGUGUUUGCUUAUGGGACAUAUGCAGACUAUCUAGCUGAAGCACGGAACUUGCCCCCCCUCACAGAGGCUCAAAAGAACAAGCUUCGACAUCUGUCAGUUGUCACGCUGGCUGCCAAGGUCAAGUGUAUUCCAUAUGCAGUGCUUCUAGAAGCACUAGCUUUACGAAAUGUGCGGCAGCUAGAGGACCUUGUGAUUGAGGCUGUGUACGCAGAUGUGCUUCGAGGCUCCCUGGACCAGCGGAACCAGCGGCUUGAAGUAGACUAUAGCAUUGGGCGUGACAUUCAGCGUCAGGACCUCAGUUCCAUUGCUCAAACCCUCCAGGAAUGGUGUAUGGGCUGUGAAGUAGUAUUGUCAGGCAUUGAGGAGCAGGUCAGCCGUGCCAACCAGCAUAAAGAACAGCAGCUGGGCCUGAAGCAGCAGAUUGAGAGUGAGGUGGCCAACCUAAAGAAAACCAUCAAGGUAACGACAGCAGCAGCUGCUGCAGCCACAUCCCAGGAUCCAGAGCAACAUCUGACAGAGCUGAGAGAGCCUGCCCCAGGCACCAACCAGCGCCAGCCCAGCAAGAAAGCUUCUAAGGGGAAAGGGCUACGCAGCAGCGCCAAGAUCUGGUCCAAAUCAAACUGAAAGGACUCUCUUUUCACCUUGGGGGAUCUGGAGACUGACUGCCAGCCCCUUGGGAAUCAUGCCCCACUUCCCAUUUCCCUAGGUCUGAGCCCCAGCCUCUCCCUGCCCCAGCCCCCAUGGCUAAUUUAUACCUCCUUGAAAGGAGGCAAGUAUAAGCCAUCUUUCUGUCCCCAUAUUGUGUAUAACCCUAUUUUGUGUGCAUAUUCUUUCCCGUUUCCAAGGCCUUUAUGGGUGCGUCUUUGUCUGUAUCUGUAACUGAUUGGGUGUCUGGGGUUGUGCAUGUCAUUUGUGUGUCCCUCUUCCAAUACCUCUACCCCUUGCAUGAAUGUUUCCCUCUUGCCCCUUGACUCUUUUGGGGGUAUCCAAAGAGCCUUAGAUUCCCCUGCCCUUUCUCUUUCCCUUGGGAAUUCUGGGAGCCUAUCCUUUAUCCCAGGAUUCUCCUGGGAAACCCACCCCCUGUAAUCCUGGACAUGCUGGGAUUGUUUCCUCCUGUCCCUACUUCCUUCUCAGGAGCACUGCUGCCUGGUUCAACCCCAGAACCCAUAGAGACUGCUGCGGCUUGAGGUAAUGUUGGAAGAAGUUUCCUGCUUACCGUUGGGCAUCCUGGGAAAGCCCAACAGAGCCCCUCAAGGGAUUGGUUUUUCCUUAACAGGAUGGGAUAUGGAUUGUAUUAAAAAAAAGAAGUCUGUGUGUGUGUGUGUGUGUGUGUGUGUGUGUGUAUGUGUGUGUGUAUACACCGACAAAAAUGACAUAAAUAAAUCUAAGAGGAUUUAUCUAUGAAUUUCCCCAGAGUUGAGUCUCCUCUGUUUAUGGAACUUCUGUAGGAGGAGAAUCAUUAACUUUCAACAUUAAUUCUCACCAAAGCCUAGUAUUGAAAAGGAUAGAGAGCCCUAUGGAGAGCCACCAGGCUGGACACUGAGGUCCAGCACAGCCUUGUGGGCCAAGAUCCUGAUCUCUAGGCGAAUAUAAGAGGAAAGAGAUCUGGAUUAUCUUGGUGACAAAAUUGGAAGGAAAAAGGGGUUCACACAUCUUCACACCACCCACCUCAUUCGAGGAUGUUAAAAAUUGGACUAAGUGGAGCUCACUGUUACAAGGAAGUAGAAUGAGAGCGUUAAGUUGAAAAUUAAAGCUCCGAGCUUCUUGUUCUAGCUCUGCCUUAGCUCUUUUCUUCCCUCUUGUAGCUUCAUUUUCCCUAUUGAAAAGAAAGAAUUCUUCAGGAGUAGGUUUGAACUAUAUGAUCUCCCUCCACCUGUCCACCAGUUUUAUCUUUGACUCCUGUGGCUGUCACCUCAUCUCCCUUUCAAAUUCUACCUGUAGCAAAUGAUCACUCUCAGCUAAUGACCUUGGUUUUGGUUUUGGUUUUUUUUUUACAUCUUUUGUUUUUACUUCUAUUUCUGAAUGUAUUUCUGUUCCCUGCACUAUCCAGUGGAUCAUCCCUGGUAACAAAGAAUAAAAAAUUAAGAAGAAAAAGGAAAUUCAGCAAAACAAGCCAACAUAUUAACCACCUGACAAUAUAUACAAAUGUUCCAUACCCAUAGUCUCCCACUUCUGCAAGAAGGGAGGGCGAUGCAUUUUCUUAUCUCUUCUUCUAGGCCAAGUUUGAUUAUUAUACAUCAGCUAAUGACAUCUAAUGGUCUCCUAAUUUCUAACAGUACAUGACUAUAGUGUAUGACCCUAUUGGAGCUAACAUUUUGGGAGUCAGAUUUGAGCCCUCUACAUCCUCGGGAGGUACUCUUUACAUUCCAGGGAAGUUGAGACUGAUUUACCUUUGAAGAGCUUAGGAUACAUGAUUUGGCUUUGGUUUUCAAAGCAUUUGGAGGCCAUAAGGGAAAGGACAUGACUGCUCUGGAAAGUGACUGGGUCAUGGUGUUUCUGGAUUGUGAGCUCUAAAAAAUAGCCAGAAGCUCAGUUAUAUCUGAGUACUUCUGGGUUCUCUGUGUUGGAAACCUACGACUUGAAGUAUAUUAUCUUCACUUCUUAAAUAUUUGGGGAAGAUGUGGAGAAAGCAGGAAAAAUGAUAGCGAAUACUUUGGUUAUGCAGCCAUAAAACAAAGGAAAAUUUAAAAUGGUCCUUGGUCUUAUUCAGCCCCCUUCUACUACUGAAGUGAUGGGAAAAGGGGCAGAGGGUACUAAGAAUGACAGUUUAUAGACUAUAGAUAUGAUCAGCAAAUCAGCAUACAACAUAUUCACAUUCUCAUAAUAAAAUGAAACCAGGACAUAAAAGGAAGUUCCUGUUAAAUGGAAGGAUGCCUCACAAGUUUUCCACAGAGAGGCAAAGGAGUUGGCAGAAUCAGUUUCAAACCCAGCCUUCCUGUUCUGCUGAGGGCAUCACCACCCUUCCGGUUGUCAUCCUUGACUCCUCUCUCCAUCACUCCCAUAUUAAUCAACAAGCAUUUAUUUUGUAUCUACUGUACUAGGUGCUGGGGAUGUGAAGACAGAAAUGAAACAGUCUGUGCCUCUAAGAAGCUUAAAUUCUUUUGGGUGGAGACAAAAUGUUUUUGAGUUCACAAAAAAUAUACAAGUAUAUACAAAACAGACACAAAGUAAUUUAUUUUUGUUGGUGGCGUAGUCCUAGCAGGGCUGGAACUUCAUGUAGAGUCUGGGGACACUUGAAUGGGAACUUUAAGGGGAUUCUUUGGGGGUGGCAGAAAAGGGCUUAGGGAGGAGUCCAGGCAAGGGGCAUCACUUGGGCAAAGGCAUGGGGAUGAGGCAAGGUCAGGAAACCAUACUAGGUAGAAUGUAGAGUUCAGAGAGGGGGUAAUGCAGGCCAAGGGUAAGUGGAGCUUGGUUGUGAAGGCUUUAAGUGACAACCAACAUCCAGUCCGUCGUGAGUCUUGUUAAUUCUUCCCCUCCCUUCACCUGCCAUAUUCAGUCACUUGUGUAGUCUUGUCACUUUUACCUGUUUCUUUCCUGUCUCUCUCCCCACCCAGCUACUAUCUUAGGUCAGCCCCUUAUCAUCUCUCUGCUAGACUAUUACAACAGCCUCUUAACUGGACUCCUGGCUUCUGUUCUCUCUUCUCUUCAGUUCAUCCUCCCAGCAGCUGCAAAAAUAAUCUUAUAAAGCCCAGAUCCAACUGCUUUA